AUCUUGCUUUGAAUCCUUACAAUCUCCAACUCCACCCAGUCUGAUUAUCGCUGGCCAGAUCCAGAUUCGAGUUUCUGUGCUAUCGACUCCUCUCUUUUGACAUCGCAUCCACACAGCACAAGAUGGAGCCCAGCGAGAUCGAGGCCAGCAGCUCUUUCUUCCGCGACUCGCCCGACUCCCCGCAACCGUUGCGCAGUGGUGCGCCAACGCCGUCGUCGUCCCCCGCCAUCCCCCGCCCGAUCCCAUCGUGGGACGAGUCGGAAGUCAUGCUGUGCGCAUCGCACAUACGCACCACCUCCGAGAUGGACAUCGACAGCUACCCGCCCGACGUGACCCCGCAGCUAGCAGCCAUCAGUCUCACCGAUCCCGCCGGACCGAUCGACAUACGGACGGUCUCAACCCCGGUGGCUGCUGGCAGCGGCAGCAGGCAGGAAGUCCGUCUGAGCUGCGCGCAGAUCGAGCAGAUCCAUGCCACUAAGGAUGUGUUGAUGGCGCAGCAGACCGAGAUUGCGGGUCUGCGGACCAACCUUCGAGAGAUCCACGCUGGGCUGCGACAGGGGCGGCACGAGGCCGUGAGGAAGGUGAGGGAUUACAUGAUUUCGGGGUGGGAGAUAACUGAUGUUGAGGCUGCCCGGCUUGUUUAUGAUAGGCAUGCUGAUGAUGCUUCAAAUUUGGCAAUGUUGAGGGCGGUCUUGCACCCUGCUCUGGAGCUGGAGGCGGAGUACAAACGUGUCGACUGGGCGUUGACGGAGCGGGAGAACCGAUCGGUCCAGUCGAUGGAGGACUUUGCGGGGCUGCUGGAACAGCUGCGCGGGUCGUUUGCCGGAGGCGUUUCCACGGAGGAGGACUAUGGGAGGGUCGUGGUGGCGGAUGAAGGGGCUGCGGGCGUCUUAAGCAGCCGCGAGCAUGAUUCGAAGGCGUUCUCCCAUCUUGAGGCCGCACAGAGGCUGCGAGAGCUGCGGGGUCAGUUGGACGAACUUGACAGGCAGAUGGUCUCAAUGGUGGAAAUCCAGAAGAUUGAGAAUCCCUUGGUCUCAGACAGAAGACUCGAACGCGAUGCGGUGGAGUUUAUGCGAACUUACGAUGAAAGACGUAUGAAUCUGUUUCGUGAGUACCGUGCCAGACUGUCGUUUCUUGAGACCCUCACGGCCAGACAUGGCGAUCCGCUGCGGCUGUCAUCUCAUGAGCUCAGACAAAGCAGCAUCUUCGAGCCGGCGCCAGUCCAGAGCCCGUCGUCGAACGUCUUUGUCAACAAGUGGCUUUUGUUCCAGCUGAGGACCUCGUCCUUGGAGGCGGCGCGCAUCCGCUCGCUCCCGGAGUGGCAGAUACUGCGUGGCCAAGGGUGGACAGACGCCGGCAUCAGCCGUCUGGCGCUCAUGCUCUGGUUCUCGGAUGACACCGUCCGGCCAUACAUGGGCUCCACGAUCUUGAGUCAGUCCACCUCCUUGAGGGUGGUCUCUAGCAUUGACGUGGGGGCCAGUCCGAGGAAGAGAAGAGCCAGAUCCGCCGGCUUGCAAGACCCGGAAACUUAACGGGAAUCUACGCAGUCUCCGGCCAAGAUUGGACGUUAUAAUACCACUUAGAAGAAGUUUCUUUCUUUUCAGGUUAUUGUUUUUCUUUGGUGCAGACUGAGUUUGGAUUCGUAUCCCUUAUUCGCCUUGGUUUGUAGCAUUUGUAUAAUAUCAAUGCUUUGGUCUGGUCCUUUUGCCCUUCUUUAUUGGUUUGGACGAUGAUUUGGGAAUCGAGGCGAUGUCUUCAUAGUUUGCCUUGAUCGUUGAUAACGGUGACUGUUGCUGUCGCUGUCACGG